AUGCAUUCCUCCCUCAACCGCGCGCAGGCCGUCUUCGGCUUCUUCACCACCGUCGCCCUGGUGGUCGCCGGACUGGCCGCGCUAUCGACCCUCUUCUUCCCCACAGAUGCCACAACAGCCUCCGUACAGCUGAAGAACGUCCAAGUCGUCAAAGGCCGACCACACUACUACUCCACAAAACGAGAAGAAUACGCCCAAAUCCGCUUCGACCUUGACGCAGACCUCUCCCCGCUUUAUAACUGGAACACAAAACAAGUCUUCGUCUACGUUUACGCAAGCUACUCCUCCUCCGACAACCCGGACAGCUCCCUCCGACAAUCAGAAGCCGUUAUCUGGGACGCUAUCAUCCCCGCGCCCCCAUCACCAUACUCCUUCGACGCAUUGAAGGAAAAGGUUUUACCGCAUUUACCGGCUUCGAUAACCGGUUCGGCUGGAAAGAAGGCUAAGCGGAGCUCGAAGGCCAGCGCCAAGAAGAAUCAGAACAAGAAAGUCGAUGAGCAGCCGGGCGUUCUGAGACUACGCGGUCAAAAGGCUAAGUAUCAGAUUAGUGAUAUUACGGGGCGUCUUGCGGGGCGUCAGAAUGUUACGUUGGCUGUUGGGUGGAAUGUUCAGCCUUGGGUUGGGGCGCUUUGGUGGGCUCCUGCUACCGGGGCGGUGCCGAGGACGGAGGGGAAUGUUGGGAGGAGUGAGGCUUUUGAGUUUCCCGCGUUGAAGCAGAAGAAGAGUGAGGCUGGGAAGGAGGGUGCGGCGACUGCGGGUGCAGGUGCGGGUGCGGGUGCGGCGUGA